GGUGGAGAAAACUGUUGCUUUACCACACUAAGAAACUGCUCCUUGAUUGUGACCUUACCGGUGAUGCCUGAAGGAAAGCCCACGCUGUAUGUGACAAGCCUUACAAACUACUUAAUUGAAGAGAAACUUAUGAAGCCCUUCCGUAGGCUGUACAACAUCAACCUGAUGGCAGAAUAUUACAGAGCCAAGCAGGCCCUCAUGGAGACCCCAUUUGAGUACCAUGCCUUGUUGAUGGGGUAUAAGCACCUGAGGACAUUUGAUGGGGAGAUGUACAGCUUGACCUCCAAAUGCAGUGUGCUCCUGGCCAAGGAUUUUAUUCAUGAUACAUUCGCCUUAAUAUUAAACCUGAACAGUAGUGGUGUCAAGUCACUACAUGCUUAUCUGAGUGAUACUACUGUUGUUAUCCACCCAGAACAGAAGAUUUACAGCAAGUACAACAGUUCCCAGUGGGACAGUAGCUGUCAUCCUGAUAUUCCUCUAGAGGAAAACGACAUUGUAGUGCAAAGAGAAGCAGAUCACGUUGGCAUAUCCACUACCAGUGGGGCAUCAUUUUCAUGUGACCUUCGUUAUGACCUCUGUACUCUUACUUUGGAUGGAUGGCAUCAUGCCACGUCUGCUGGCCUUUUGGGUACCAAUGACAAUGAAGCUGGCAAUGAAUGGAUGCUUCCCAAUCACUCCUAUGCAGACAGCUUAGAGGAAUUCAUUGGUGCAUGGCAGGUAAGCGACCACUGCAGCCAAGCAAAGAAUGCUGAGAAGCUGUGUGUCAACACAUCUGGCUCCAAAAUCUGCAAAACUUUUUUCCAAGACUUCAACUCCCCCUUUAGGAAUUGCUUCAGAGUCGUGGAUCCCGAACCAUUCCAUAGCCUUUGCGUAUCUCACACAUGUGAACUGCCCAAUAUAAAAACACCUUGCACCAUGGCUGCUGCAUUUGUUCACUUGUGCAACAGGAAUUUUGUUCCUUUGGAAAUGCCAUUUCAGUGUGAUGGAGAACUGAGGCUGAGAAAUAGCAGCUUGCCUAAGGCCACACAUUGAGACCAGAGUAGAGGAGAGACCCAUGGUCAGACGUCCUGUAACCCAAAGCAAUUUUUAAACUACAUGAUAACAAACUGAUUAUUAAUUUACACAUUUUCCCACUGUCUUGGAGAUUUAAGUAGGAAAAUUUGAUGCAGCGGCCCAAUCAGGAAAUGAAUUAGUUCCAUUACAAUGCUUAGUUUUUAGAAGUAAUUUUUUGCUUUCCCAUUAUUCAGAAGUAAUUAAAAUUAUGAUGUGUACUUUUAUGAAAAAGGUCAGAAUGUAGAAAUGUAGGAGCCACACCUAAGCUGUGAGGCUA